AUGCGUUUCUCCUUCUUCGCCAUCACCGCCCUCGCCGGCUCCGCCAUUGCCGCUCCCUCAGCCGUGGUUGAGAAACGCUCCCUCAUCACCGACGUCGGCAACGCCAUCGCUCAGCUCGAGGAAGGUCUCGGUGUCACCGCCGUCACCGAGCAGCUCGACGCCCUCCUCGGCGGCAGUCUCACCAAGCUCGAGGACGCUCUCGGUGUCAGCUUCGCCGAGUACCUCCUCGGUCUCUCCGACAAGGGCGCCUCCCCCGGAACCAUCCAGGCCAUCGGUGAGGCCGUCGCCAUGCUCGAGGAGGGUCUCGGCAUCACGGCCGUCACGGCCUUCCUCGACAGCGCCACUGGCGGCGCCAUCACCAGCCUCGAGGAUGCCCUCGGCGUCACCGAUGUCCUCGAGGCUCUCGGCCUCGCUUAA